AUGGCCCCCGCAAACACUCUCCCCGCCUGGUCUGACCUCCAGGCCCAUCGCGACAGCGUCGGCAAGUCCUUCGUCCUCAAGGAGGCAUUCGCUUCCGACCCCCAGAGAUUCGACCGCUUCACCCGAACCUUUACCUCCGACGGCGUGUCCUCCGAGAUCCUCUUCGACUUCUCCAAGAACUUCCUCACAGAUGAGACCCUCGACCUCCUCAUCAAGCUCGCCGAGCAGGCUGGCGUUGAGAAGAAGCGCGAUGCCAUGUUUGCCGGCGAGAAGAUCAACUUCACCGAGGGUCGCGCCGUGUACCACACUGCUCUGCGAAAUGUCAGCGGUUGGGAUAUGAAGGUUGAUGGUGUUGAUGUCAUGAACACAAAGGGUGGUGUCAAUGAGGUUCUUGAGCACAUGAAGGAGUUUUCUGAGCAGGUUCGAAGUGGAGAGUGGAAGGGAUAUACUGGCAAGAAGCUCACAACCAUCAUCAACAUUGGUAUUGGUGGUUCUGAUCUCGGCCCUGUCAUGGUCACCGAAGCUCUCAAGCACUACGGCGCUGACGACAUGACUCUUCACUUUGUCUCCAACAUUGACGGAACUCACAUCGCCGAGGCCCUCAAGAACUCUGAUCCCGAGACCACCCUCUUCCUCAUCGCCUCCAAAACCUUCACCACCGCAGAGACCACCACCAACGCCAACACAGCCAAGAAGUGGUUCCUCGAAAAGACUGACAACAAGGGCGAUAUCGCCAAGCACUUUGUUGCUCUUUCCACCAACGAGGAGGAGGUUACCAAGUUUGGCAUCGACAGCAAGAACAUGUUUGGCUUUGAGAGCUGGGUCGGUGGUCGAUACUCUGUCUGGAGUGCCAUUGGUCUGAGCAUUGCUCUCUACGUUGGCUUCGACAACUUCCACAAGUUCCUUAGCGGUGCUCAUGCCAUGGAUAAGCACUUCCGCGAGACUCCUCUCAAGGACAACAUUCCUCUUCUUGGUGGUCUCUUGAGUGUCUGGUACUCUGACUUUUUCCAGGCUCAGACUCACCUUGUUGCUCCCUUCGACCAAUACCUCCACCGAUUCCCUGCCUACCUCCAGCAGCUCUCCAUGGAGUCCAACGGAAAGACCAUCACCUCUGAUGGAUCUUCUGCCAAGUACACCACUGGCCCCAUUCUCUUCGGCGAGCCCUGCACCAAUGCUCAGCACUCCUUCUUCCAGCUCGUCCACCAAGGCACCAAGCUGAUCCCCACCGACUUCAUCCUCGCUGCCAAGUCCCACAACCCUGUCAGCGACAACCUCCACCAGAAGAUGCUAGCCUCCAACUACUUCGCCCAGGCUGAGGCUCUCAUGGUCGGCAAGACAGACGAUCAGGUCCGUGCCGAGGGUACACCCGAGGAGCUUGUCCCUCACAAGCGCUUCCUUGGAAACCGACCCACGACGUCCAUCCUUGUCGGCGGCGCCAUUGGUCCCGCCGAGCUGGGUGCCCUGAUCGUGUACUAUGAGCACCUCACUUUCACCGAGGGUGCUAUCUGGGACAUCAACAGCUUUGACCAGUGGGGUGUUGAGCUGGGCAAGGUCCUGGCCAAGAAGAUUCUUAAGGAGCUUGAUGAGGCGGGCAAUGGUGAGGGACACGAUGCUUCUACUGGUGGACUGAUUGGAGCGUUCAAGAAGUAUGGUAACUAA